UUUUUACAUUCUGUUCUUCAUAUUAUAACCCUUCAUCCAUCUCAUCAAACCUUAUCACCUCUCUUUCCUUCAUCAUCUUCUUUCCAUAUAUAUAUUUCUCAUCAACUUUGUUUUUCUUACACUGCAUCCAUUAUGCUUUCUUUCCAUCACUUUUAUAAACAAAAGGGUCUUUCUUUCUUCCAAGUUGAGAAGAUCAACUUCACAAAUCACAAGGGUUUCUUUCUUCUCCUGGAGGGAGUGGGUGGAUUUUGUUGUUUUUCAUAUAUAGGCAAAGAAAGAGAGGAACCAGCCACUGACACAUACAUAGAUACAUACAAACAAAAACACUGAUGAAGGAAAAGUGUUAUAACUUAACCUGCCCUUUCAUAAAAGGGGCUACAACUGCACCGUCUCCAAAUCUUGUUCAUUAUCUUAGAUCUUGCUCAUCAUUUUCAUCUCAAACUAAAACAAUAGAUAUAUGAUGUUUCUCUACCCUAUUUAGCUACAUGCCUAUUAUAUACAUACCACACAACUUCUCUCGUAUAUCAUAUGCACAUUCUUUAAUUUUCAAGAAGAGUUGAAGAAUAUGGGGAGGGGAAAGAUUGAAAUCAAAAGGAUUGAGAACACCACAAAUCGGCAGGUAACGUUCUGCAAGAGAAGAAACGGGCUUUUGAAGAAAGCUUAUGAGUUAUCAGUGCUGUGCGAUGCAGAAGUUGCUCUCAUUGUCUUCUCCAGCCGUGGGAGACUCUAUGAGUAUUCAAACAACAACAUUAGAUCAACAAUUGAGAGAUACAAAAAGGCAUGUUCAGAUCAUUCGAGUACCAGCACUACCACUGAAAUCAAUGCUCAGUAUUAUCAACAAGAAUCCGCAAAGCUGAGACAGCAAAUACAGAUGCUGCAAAAUUCAAACAGGCACUUGAUGGGUGAUGCUUUAAGCACACUGACUGUGAAGGAACUUAAACAAUUGGAGAAUAGACUUGAAAGAGGAAUCACUAGAAUCAGAUCUAAGAAACAUGAGAUGCUACUGGCAGAAAUCGAAUACUUUCAGAAAAGGGAGAUUGAACUGGAAAAUGAAAAUCUUUGUCUUCGGACUAAGAUAACUGACGUUGAGAGGAUUCAGCAAGUAAACAUGGUUUCUGGACCAGAGCUGAAUGCUAUUCAGGCAUUAGCUUCUCGUAACUUCUUCAAUCCAAACAUGAUGGAGGGUGGAUCUGUUUACCCUCAGUCAGAUAAGAAGAUUCUUCAUCUUGGGUGAUGAAUAUGUAAUAAUAUUAGCCAACUACCUAUCCAAUUAGCCAGCGGCUAAAUGCAUUAUUACUACUCUUUCGAUUGCUCAUUAGACCAAGUCAUCUCUUAC